AUGCCAUUCACACCCCCAUCAUGGGUUCCUCCCCUUCCAGAAGUCCCAGACUCCAUCUCCAUCGAACGCUUCAUGUUCGACGAAAACUACGGCCGCUUCCCCCUCGGCUACUCCCAACCUCCAUUUUCCUGCGCCCUCACCGGCAGGAAGUUCUCCGCCCUGGAGCUAAAGGAACGCGUCGACUACCUCUCCCGAGCUCUGUGCAAGGAGUUCGGUUUCAAGCCUAACCAAGGCAGCGCCUGGGACAAGGUCAUCGCCAUCUUCAGCUUGAACACAAUCGACUACUUGACCCUAGCAUGGGCAGUGCAUAGGAUUGGUGGAAUCUUGACGUGCGUCAAUGCGGCGUACAAUGCGAGCGAGCUGGAGUAUCAGUUGAACGAUUCUGGGGCAAAGGCGAUUUUCACGUGUCUACCGCUGUUGCAGACGACCAAGGACGGCGUGAAGAAGAGCAAGAUGAAGGGUGGCAAGAUUUAUAUCAUGCCACUCGCGGAGGUUAUCACUGGCGGAGCGACUGCGCCGGACAACAAGACGAUUGAGAACCUUGUAGACAUGGGGAAGAAGCUGGACAGAAUCGAGCCAAGCGACGCCAGCUGGAAACGAGGCGAGGGCAAAGAAAGAUGUGCCUUUCUCUGCUACAGCAGCGGCACGAGCGGCCUUCCAAAGGGCGUGAUGAUCAGCCACUACAAUGUCAUCGCCAACACGCUCCAAAUGACAACCCACGAAACGCCCAACCGCCAAACGAUCAUGAAACAAGAAAACGACGACCACUACACCGAAAACUGCCUAGGCCUGCUCCCCAUGUCCCACAUCUACGGCCUCGUAGUGAUUGCCCAUGUGGGACCAUACAGAGGCGACGGAGUCGUAGUCCUCCCCAAAUACGACUUCAAAUGGCUCCUUCAAUCGAUUCAAGACUACAAGAUCCGAAUGCUCUACCUAGUCCCUCCCAUGAUCAUCCACGUCACAAAGGCCAAAGACAUCUGCAAACAAUACGACCUCUCCUCCGUCCGCGCAGCAUUCACCGGCGCAGCACCGCUAGGAAAGGAGACGGCCAACGAUCUUGCGGAAAUGUACCCAAAUUGGGCCAUCCGUCAAGGAUACGGGUUGACAGAGACAUCCACCGUAGUCUGCGCCACCGUCCCCGAAGAUAUCUGGUUCGGCAGCUCCGGCUCUUUGUUGCCUGGCAUCACCGCCAAACUCAUCACAACCGAAGGCAACGAAAUCACCGGCUACGACCAGCCCGGUGAGCUCUGCGUGAAAUCCCCAGCAGUAGUGCUAGGCUACUUGAACAACGACAAAGCCACCAAGGAAACCUUCGUAGACUUCUCCGAUGGGCGGUACAUGCGGACCGGCGACGAAGCCGUCAUCUCCAAAUCCCCCAACGGCUUCGAACACGUCUUCAUCACCGACCGGAUCAAGGAACUCAUCAAAGUCAAAGGCCACCAAGUCGCGCCUGCCGAACUUGAGGCGCAUAUCCUAACGCAUCCAGCUGUGAACGAUUGCGUCGUGAUUGGGUUCCCGAGUGAUCGCGAGGGCGAGGUGCCGAAGGCGUUCGUGGUGAAGAAUCCUGCGAGUACCGGGGCCAAGAGUGAUGAGGAGUUGGGGAAGAGUAUUGAGAAGCAUGUGACGGAUCAUAAGAGUAGUUUUAAGGCGUUGAAGGGUGGGGUGGAGUUUAUUGAGGCUGUGCCGAAGAGUCCUAGUGGGAAGAUUUUGAGGAGGUUGAUGAGGGAUCAGGAGAGGGAGAAAAUGAAGAAGGGGUCGAAGUUGUAA